CCCACGCGAACAGAAGCCUCCUCCCCCUUUCUCCCUCCGCAUCGGCAGCAACCGAGGAGAGACCACUUCCCCCAUUCCCCUUCCUCCUCCCCGGAAACCCUAGCAAUGGAGCCCAAAUCCACCACCCCUCCCCCGCCGCCCCCGCCGCCCGUGCUGGGCGCGCCCGUGCCUUACCCGCCGGCGGGGGCCUACGCCCCGGCCGUCGGGCCCUACGCCCACGCGCCGGCGCUCUACGCCCCGCCUCCCCCGGCCGCCGCCGCCACCGCGGCCUCGCAGCAGGCCGCCGCGGCGCAGCUGCAGAACUUCUGGGCGGACCAGUACCGCGAGAUCGAGCACACCACCGACUUCAAGAACCACAACCUGCCCCUCGCCCGCAUCAAGAAGAUCAUGAAGGCCGACGAGGACGUCCGCAUGAUCGCCGCCGAGGCGCCCGUCGUCUUCGCGCGCGCCUGCGAGAUGUUCAUCCUCGAGCUCACCCACCGCGGGUGGGCGCACGCCGAGGAGAACAAGCGCCGCACGCUCCAGAAGUCCGACAUCGCCGCCGCCAUCGCCCGCACCGAGGUCUUCGAUUUCCUCGUCGACAUCGUGCCGCGCGACGAGGCCAAGGACGCCGAGGCCGCCGCCGCCGUCGCCGCGGGGAUCCCCCACCCGGCCGCCGGCUUGCCCGCCACCGACCCCAUGGCAUACUACUAUGUCCAACCGCAGUAACAUUCCCUACCGUAAAGCUUCAGAUUUAGCGAUUUUAUUUAAGUCAAAGUGCUUAUGCUGUUGUCGUAGUGUUAUUAUGCUUGCUUGCUUGUUGCUGCAAAAUAACUAGAAGAUGGGAUGAUCAUUGUGAAGGGCAUCCUCGCGGUGUAUAAACUGUCCAAUUUUAGGAUUGGGGGAGCUUGUUGCGAUUGAGGAAGCCUUUAUGGUGGUAAUUAUGUAUGUCUAACUUAUAUCACAAUGAAUUAUUGCCGGUGUAUUCUCUCA